AAAGGUCUAGAGUUUUCUGCUAGUGUCAGGUUCUCGUGAGCUGUUUUACACAUUCUUACAGGCGAAACAUUACAGAAUGAACACUCUUCUGGCAUUCAUAUAUGUCCUCUUAGCUCUAGUAACAGCAGGUUAUGCCCUGUCCUGUGUAAAUUGUGUAAAUCUAGGAGGUUCAUCGUGCACUGGCAAAAGUGUGACCUGCCCUGCUGGUUCCGUUUGUGCAUCACAUUAUGUACUAGCUAAAUCAGGUUCUGAAGACUCACACAUUUUCAUUAGGUCAUGUUUACCAAAAAAACAAUGCACUCUGGAAGGAAGUGUCACCUUUACUGAUGGGAAUAUAAAGAUUGGAACCUCGUGUUGUAAUGCUAAAAACUGUAAUCCAACCUUUCCUUUACUGCCGGAUGACAACUCUCAAGUAAACAAUAUAACAUGCCCAGCGUGCAUAUCUGAGGACUCGGAAACGUGCUCCACCAGUGAGACCAUUUCAUGUACUGGGAAUGAGACACAGUGUAUUCUACAAAGUACGAAGAUAAAAGGAAGCAAAUCAUUUCCAGUGGCACUCCGUGGCUGCUCCACAAAAAGUUUCUGCAAUUUGGGUAGUCAGACGCUGAAACACAGAGAUACCACUUUGAAUGUUAAAUUUACCUGCACCAGUGAAAAUAAUUAUUCACAUUCAGAAUUGUAAUAUGAUACAUGAAUAAAUAACUUUAAUAUAG